GCAGCUGACACGCGGCGAGAGAGACGCAGAUGGAGAAAGUGAAAGAAUCCUGAGGAGAAGAAACCCAGAGGAGCGACCAGCAGAGACAGAGGGAGAAGAGGAGGAAGAAAGAGAGAGAGAGGAGGAGGAGUGGAUGGUAGAGAGCCGGAGACGCGGCGCGCCGGAGGGAGAAAGAUGGCCUCGGUAACGGCGGAGAAUGGCUUCAGCACCGCGAACAGCUCCGGUAGAAUGAACGGACUCAACAGCGCGAUUCCCAUGAAAGAUCACGACGCCAUCAAGCUCUUCGUCGGCCAGAUCCCGCGCAACCUGGAGGAGAAAGACCUCAAGCCUCUGUUCGAGGAGUUCGGGAAGAUCUACGAGCUCACGGUGCUCAAGGACCGGUUCACCGGGAUGCAUAAAGGAUGUGCCUUUCUAACGUACUGUGCCAGAGAGUCGGCGCUGAAGGCCCAGAGCGCUCUCCACGAACAAAAGACUCUUCCCGGGAUGAACCGGCCCAUCCAGGUGAAACCGGCCGACAGUGAAGGACGAGGAGAAGACCGGAAGCUGUUUGUGGGCAUGCUGGGGAAGCAGCAGAGCGAAGACGACGUUCGGCGGCUCUUCGAUUCGUUCGGGCAGAUCGAGGAGUGCACCGUCCUGCGGGGGCCUGAUGGGGCCAGUAAGGGCUGUGCUUUUGUGAAGUUUUCCAGUCAUGCUGAAGCCCAGGCGGCGAUUAACAGUCUCCACGGAGGACAGACGAUGAUGCCGGGUGCGUCCUCCAGUCUGGUGGUGAAGUUUGCAGACACUGAUAAGGAGCGGACGCUGCGCCGGAUGCAUCAGAUGGCCGGUCAGCUCGGGAUCUUCAGUCCUAUGACCAUCCAGUUUGGAGCGUACGGAGCUUACACACACGCUCAGAUCCUCCAGCAGCAGCAGGCAGCGAUCAUGGCAGCGACGCAGGGCUCGUAUCUCAACCCCAUGGCAGCCAUCGCCGCCGCUCAGAUGCAGCAGAUAGCAGCUUUCAACGUCAACGGCCUGGUGGCUGCACCCAUGACACCUUCUUCAGGCACCAGCACUCCCCCCGGCAUCAGCGGCACCGCCGUGCCCAGCAUCGCUGCUCCGCUCGGGGUCAACGGCUUCAGCGCUCUGCCUCCUCAGACCAACGGACAGCCUGCCUCCGAAGCCAUCUACACCAACGGCAUCCACCCGUACCCAGCACAGAGUCCGACGGUGGCUGAUCCUCUCCAGCAGGCGUACGCCGGAGUGCAGCACUAUGCAGCAGCCUAUCCUGCCGCUUAUGCACCAAUCAGCCAAGCGUUUCCGCAGCAACCAGCCAUCAUCCCCCAGCAACAGCGGGAAGGACCGGAGGGCUGUAAUCUGUUCAUUUAUCACCUGCCGCAGGAGUUUGGAGACGCCGAGCUCAUGCAGAUGUUUCUGCCGUUUGGUAACGUAAUUUCCGCCAAAGUCUUCGUGGACCGGGCGACCAAUCAGAGCAAGUGUUUCGGAUUCGUCAGCUUUGAUAACCCGUCCAGCGCUCAGGCAGCCAUCCAGGCCAUGAACGGCUUUCAGAUCGGCAUGAAGAGGCUCAAAGUCCAGCUGAAGCGGCCCAAGGACGCCAACCGGCCGUACUGACCCUGACUGACCCUGACUGACCCCUGCUCCUUCACUCACAGGUCUGUCCAGACGCUCUUCAACAGCUUUAGUGCUUUAAAUAAAGGGUUCAAAUGAUUAGUGCAAAUGAGCUUAAUUGCUGUCUGCAUUAAAGCAUAUAUAUAUACAGUAUAUGUUAACAUAAAGACAUGACAGAUUUCUGGGUGUCUGGUAUUGAUAUAUGAAUCCUUUUAUAUUCAGUUUGGUUACAAGUUAGUUACAAAUACGUUUCUAACUGAUACAAAAAUGCGAUGAAAUGUGUUACAAAAAAGUAACUGCGUUCCAUUUAGAUUUUUUGUAUCUCUGUAUUCCUAUCAGUGUUCUUUAAGGCUUGUUUUUGUUGUUUUUAUGCAUAAAAGUAAGCCUUGGAUGUGAUUCAAGCCGACCAUGAAAAGGAUCUUUGACACACGGUUUCCACCAGAAAAUAAAAUCAAAUAGUUAUUGAUUAUCUAAAGGGUUACUCUCUCGUCUGGAAAAGAUUGGGGGUUAAACUCGGGAUAAAACUAAAGAUUGCUUUCAUUUUCAGGAACUGAUGAUGAAUUGCUGAAAGGUGUGCUAGAUCUUCAGCACGAUUAGUCUUGAUUCUCUCACUUCUUUCUGAACAAUAUUCAUACUAAACUGUUAUAUCCACAGCUGUCAAGCUCUAAAAAAGGACCAAAAUAUGUAUAUAUAUUGAGAACGAGCAUCAUUUUUAAUUCUUCAGUAUUUGAUUUUACUUUGC